GUUUUGGUUCAUUGUAAUAUCAUUAGAAUCUCCUCUUUUUGUAGGGUAUUGAUAAAAAUUGAGUCUUUGAUGCUGGGUUGUGACUUUUGAAUGGAUCUCUCUGUCUUUAGUUCUUGUCUGAUUUUUUUUUUAUUUCUUUGUCUAAACAAGACUUUACGGUUUAAAGUUGUUCAAUGUCUCUGUUUUGUCUUGGCUGUUUUUGAUUGAUAACCAUAAGGGCUUUGUGUUUCCAGCAUUGGCCACAUUGUGGAAAGUGGUGAGAGUCUUGAAUUGUCUCAAGUGUCAACUUGGAUAACGCUAGGAUGCAGGGAGAGAGGGCUAGUCUCGGUUCUUUAGCAGAGGCUUUGAACUUUGAGCAUGGAUCUACAUCUAGUAACGCUGUGAUAGAUCAGCCUAUUCGUUGGGAUAAUAAUAUUCACAGUUACGGUGAUAAUGGAUUGCAGGAUUACAUGAUUUCAGCUGCUGCUGAUACAAAUCCUACUUUUGCAAACUCAGUUUAUCAUGAGCAACGCGGCUUACACAGGUUUAACAUUGGCGAGGCUAGCUCUAGUGGUACGAAGAACGAAACCACUAGCCACACUCAACAAUGGAAUGGAAUUGGACGUUUUGAGGAACAGAGAAAUGGCAAGCUUGAGUUGAACCCUUUAUUUGCGCAACCAUCUCAUGGAAACCGUGUUGUUUGCAAUGUUAAUCUUAAUGCAGAAUAUAAUGAGCAUCUUGAUGAUAUGAAUCCGGUCACAGGUCAUCCUGCUCUUUUUGAGGCUAAUGGACUCAGAUCUAGGUUUAUACCAGAGGACAGUGUUAGAGAUGGGCGUCGCGUAUCCUGUAAAAGAAAAGCUCUUGAUGCAAGCAUUGGUCAGUCCUCUUCAAGCGGAGGUUUCCGUGAGGUUCAGCGUGGAGAAAGCAGUUCUUGGAUCUCACCUUCUGCGUAUUAUAGUCUAGCGAUGACAACAAAUCAUUUAAACCUAUCUCUUGAUCGUCGAAGGGGUUUGGUGGUAUCUAAUGCUGUUCCAAAUCUAUCUGCUCCUGCUAUCACAGAGAGCUCUAGUAGAAAUUACUCAACUGACCAACAAGAAACUGUAAGCCCAUCGGUCUAUGCUGCAGGAAGUGUCAUCAGACGACCUGUUGCUCCAUCCUUGAACUCACAAGGGUUUCCACCAGCAGAUCAACAACUGAUAGACAUGAGAUAUGGACAUGCUUUAGGCAAUUUUGCUUCUCAGAAUCCAAAUGCACCUGCUACUCACAUGCCUCCUGUAUUUAACUUGAACGCAAGCCCAGUAGCAACGGCUGUAGCAUCGAGUUCUGCUACUCCUGUUGAGAGAAAUGUUUUGCAUCGAGAUGAAACGAGACAGAUAAGUAAUAGUCUACAGAUGCCUUUGUUUGUACCUGCUCCUGAACUGAGAAAUGUGGCCAAUGGUCAUAUCAGCAGUAAUGCAAGUAGUGCUAGACAUGCUGCAUCUUCUUCAUCCAGGACAAAUGUUCAGCAGUGGCAGUUUCCGUCGCCGUCGCCGUCGCCAUCUAAUCCAGCAUGGAAUCCUUACCCGACUAAUAACUCGCCACAUAAUCAAGGAAGUUUAUCUGAACACUUUCGUAGGUCAUUGCUUUCUUCCCUUGCUACAACAAACCAGAGAGCUGCUGCUCCUUCCUUGGUCCCUCCUGCCUCUCCUCCGGUUGAGCAUGUGGUUCAGUCUGGUGGUGAAAACACCUCUCAGGUGCGUACUCGGGCUUCCUCGAGAGCAGGUAUAAGACAACGGCAACAUGCAACAACUGGCAUUCCUCAUUCUUUUCGAGGCAGAAGCAGAACGGGGUCAUCCGAGAUGCGUAAUGUCUUGGAGCAGAUGCGUAGAGGAGGGAACUUGCGUUUUGAGGAUGUUAUGCUUCAGUCGAUGGUGCGAAGUGUGGCGGAUCUUCAUGACCGACAUAGAGACAUGCGACUUGAUGUUGACAACAUGACAUAUGAGGAGUUGUUGUCUUUAGAAGAGCGGAUUGGCGAUGUUUGUACCGGUUUGAAUGAGGAAACCAUAUCAAACAGAUUGAAGAAGCAAAAGUACAAAAGUAGUACCGGAGCUCCACAAGAAGUAGAACCAUGUUGUGUUUGUCAGGAGGAAUACAAUGAAGGAGAAGAAUUAGGAGUGUUGGAAUGCGGGCACAACUUCCAUAGCCAAUGCAUCAAAGAAUGGCUGAAGCUGAAGAAUCUUUGCCCAAUUUGCAAAACAACAGGAUUGAACACUGCAAAUAAGCGAAGAAGACAAUGAUUGAACCUGUUGGGUUUUAACCAUUUGUGGAAUGUUCUAUACCACUGCAGCCUCAUCAGGAAGAGAAGGAGGACCUAAAGAAAAAAAAAACUUGGGUUCUUCUGAAUUUGUUUGGAUAAGUUAAUUUUACCAAUUACAUUUUUUAUUUCUUCAUCUUCUUAUGAUUUUACCUAGUAACACCAAGAAAGCUUGUAAGCCAAUUUGGCAAUUUAUAGGUUUUAUAUAUGAUUGGUUAUGUAAUUUCUUAUUUAUCGUAUAUCCAAAUUGGAUGUAUCAACA